GAGCAGAGCACCCUUUACCUGUCAGUGGGUGCACAUGUCUCCUAAAUAGCUUAAAAGUAAGAGAAAUUGUCACACCUGCUGCAGUGCCCUCUUGUGGACUCUGAAGGCACUAGGUCUUGUUUUGGUUGUUUUCAUUUCCUGCAUGCCUGCUCACAUGAUCACUCCUUGUUUCCAGCUGUUCCUUGUUGUCUAAUUGGUUCUGUCUUUUAUAAGCCCUGUCAUGUUGUGCUUAGUUUGCCUUUGGAUUUUGCUUUGCUCUGUCCCGCUUUGCUCUGUCCCGCUUUGCUCUGUCCCGUUUUGCUCUGUCCCGCUUUGCUCUGUCCCGCUUUGCUCUGUCCCGCUUUGCUCUGUCCCGCUUUGCUCUGUCCCGCUUUGCUCUGUCCCGUUUUGCUCUGUCCCGCUUUGCUCUGUCCCGCUUUGCUCUGUCCCGCUUUUCUCUGUCCCGCUUUGCUCUGUCCCGCUUUGCUCUGUCCCGUUUUGCUCUGUCCCGCUUUGCUCUGUCCCGCUUUGCUCUGUCCCGCUUUGCUCUGUCCCGCUUUGCUCUGUCCCGUUUUGCUCUGUCCCGCUUUGCUCUGUCCCGCUUUGCUCUGUCCCGCUUUGCUCUGUCCCGCUUUGCUCUGUCCCGCUUUGCUCUGUCCCGCUUUGCUCUGUCCCGCUUUGCUCUGUCCCGCUUUGCUCUGUCCCGUUUUGCUCUGUCCCGCUUUGCUCUGUCCCGCUUUGCUCUGUCCUGCUUUGCUCUGUCCUGCUUUGCUCUGUCCUGCUUUGCUCUGUCCUGCUUUGCUCUGUCCUGCUUUGCUCUGUCCUGUUUUGCUCUGUCCUACUUUGCUCUGUCCUGUUUUGCUCUGUCCUGCUUUGCUCUGUCCUGCUUUGCUCUGUCCUGUUUUGCUCUGUCAUGCUUUGCUCUGUCCUGCUUUGCUCUGUCCUGCUUUGCUCUGUCCUGUUUUGCUCUGUCCUGCUUUGCUCUGUCAUGCUUUGCUCUGUCCUGCUUUGCUCUGUCCUGUUUUGCUCUGUCCCGUUUUGCUCUGUCCUGUUUUGCUCUGUCCUACUUUGCUCUGUCCUGUUUUGCUCUGUCCUGCUUUGCUCUGUCCUGCUUUGCUCUGUCAUGCUUUGCUCUGUCCUGCUUUAUUUUGUUCUCCAGUUCCUCAUGUUAGGUUCGGUUUGAUCACUUUUAGUAUCGACUCAAUGUUUUUGGAUCCCCGUUAAGAUUUAGUUUGAUUCACCUUAGUGCUUUAAGUUUUUGCACUUGCGUUUGUUUUGUCAGUUUUUGUACCUUGCCUGUUAUUUGGAUCUUCUUUGUUUACUUAAUAUAUUAAACUAUAUUUUGCUGCAUUUGGAUCUACUCCUUGUUUUUGUAAUACGUCAUCGUGACAGAAAUAGUGGAUUUCUAUUAUUUCAAAAGCCUUUUUAAAAUAACGUUAACCCAUUGAAAAGAAAAGGUGUAUACCAGUGUCAUAAUAAAUAAAAAUCAAGUUAAAAAUCACAUUAUUUUUUGUUUGUUGCAUGUAGUUGACCAUUUAAGUGCUGUGGGGAAAAAAGGUGUUUUUCAAUCAGGCCACCACUGCAAGUGAAUUUUAAACCUGUGGGUGAAGUGAAGCCCCUGAGGUGAUCUCACGAGGAAAUGUAACUAUUUUACAUUUUGUCAGUUUAGUGGCUGUUUUGGACGAGUUCAGUCGUAUGAAAAUGUACCAUUUGAAAAAGGAGGCGUGGUACCAGAGCUAAUUACAGUUUACAGAGCUAAUGAGGUGCCAGCCGUGUUGAUCAUAAGCACGUGGUCCUCGCGAAA